GGUAGGUGGGGUGGGGGGGGGACGGACGGACGGACGCACGCAAAGCGGUGCCCCUCCUCGGCGGCUAUAUAGGCAGGGAAAGGGCAGGCUAAGCAUUCGCACCGUGCCAGAGGCUUGAGAGGAGCGCGCGAGGACGACGCAAUCCGCAGCCAUCUGCCAGCCACUUAGCACGCGCUAACAUUUCCAGCCCGGAUUGAUUUCGGCACAGCUGUCUCGCCAAGCCUCGCACACAAAAAAUGUCUGCCCCAGCUGGAGCCCCCGCAGAGGGAGGGAGCCAGGGUCCUCCCAACCUCACCAGCAACCGCCGUCUGCAGCAGACACAGGCACAGGUGGACGAGGUGGUGGAUAUCAUGCGUGUAAAUGUGGAUAAGGUUCUGGAGCGUGACCAGAAGCUGUCCGAACUGGACGACAGGGCUGAUGCUCUGCAGGCUGGAGCCUCUCAGUUUGAGACCAGCGCUGCAAAACUGAAGAAUAAAUACUGGUGGAAGAACGCUAAGAUGAUGAUUAUCCUGGGCGUGAUAUGCCUGAUUGUCCUCAUUGUCAUUAUCGUGUACUUCAGCACCUAAGAAGAGUCACUUCGUACCCCAGUCUGAUCCCAACGUCCUCGCGUCAGAAGGAACCCUGAAAUUCACGACAUAAGGAAUUACGGAUAAUGAGUUAAUGUAUCUUUUUCCCCUAUCGGCUUCAAUUGAACACCCCUAAACCCUUCAGGGCCAUCCAUGUAGGGCUCCCUCGUUUCCAGCACCUGGCUUCUGGACCCCUGUCAAAUAUUCGUCCGCGUCCGUUCUGGAUCCUCUCGGCUUCUCUUAACCUGCCAUAACACUUGAGAGCCAAACACUUGAUGAUGAUGAUGAUGAUGCAACAACCGGCAAAGGAAACCGUGAUUGGCAACGAUAAUUGUUACUUGACUGAUCUGUAUCUAGUCAUUUGUAGAGUUUUAUUCUGAUAUAUAUAUAUAUACUGUUUUGUAGGUGUGUGUGCAUUUUGUAUUUUUUAAUUUUUGUAUUAAUUUUCUGUAUGCUUCAGCGUCGACUACUGCCUAUUAAUCGAAGUAUGUAUCUCGCAUGUUCUAAUCAUCGGUCCGGUUCCCCGCUAGCUGUUUUUUCGCUGUAUUUCUGCACAAUCUGAAUAAGCCACACGACUGAAUACGUUCUCGGAAAAAUCUUUUGCGGUCACAGGUUGAAAUUGCUUGAGAGUUCAUUCAGGUCGACGGCACUGCUCACAAGUAUUGAUCAUCACCAAGUAACGCAUGAAUCGUUCAACUAUCGCCUUGUAAUUAUUCCUCGCCCUUCAAAUCUGACCAUUAAGUCUCCUCUGAAAGUCUUUUCCCCUCCGACAUUUCUCAUUUCUCUUUCGGCUCUCCGGCCGUGUCUUGCAGCAUGCUUGAACGCCCAAUCGUUUUAAAACUGCCAUAGUACCGUCGGACCAAUGUCUGUAGAUGUUUCUUUUCUCUUUCUUCUUUGUUUUUUAAUAUUGCGUAGUGUCUUAUUUCGAAAACAUUCCUUCAUUGCAACCUAGUGCAAAAUGCUCUUGCGGUAGCACAUGUAAUUGUUAUUAUAGUUCAACUAAAAGCAGAAGUCGGUCAUACAAACGACAGGGAAAAAAAUGUUAAGGCCUACAAGUCAAUUUGGCGGGAUUAGGAUUUCAUUUUGUUGUAUCGAUCAUUCAUGUUAGCUAGUGCAAAUAGGUUAUUGCGUAGGUUUGAAGUGGCCCCAUCGCUUACAGAAAAUGUGUUAUUUUUACAGUCAAGUCAAAGUGUCAUUGGCCCGUUCCACACACUCAAAAAGCCUCGGCGUCUACUUUGACGUUCUGUAGCUCCAAAGAACUCGAGCGGCUGAAAAUGCACAAAAGCGACUUGUAACCGGGCCGAGAGAGAUGUCGCGCAGCCACCGCACCUCUCCAUUGAAGAGCACACAGAGCAACACGUCGGCCUUUUUGGUGUAUUCAUUUCUUUAUUUACUUCUGUAUUUAUUUGAAAAGGCCAACAAUUCACAGUUGAUUUGGUGAGGAUAAACAAAUCAAAUCAAAGCAUUCCUUGUCAAGAGUGUUUGAAGUGGUUCUCCCUAUAAGUGUGCAUCAGUAAAUAUAAUAGAUUAUAUUUUUAUUAUCGUGUGAAACGGGCAGGUGAAGAGGAAGUUUGCAUCCGGUAACAGGAAGUUCCUCUGUGUCUGUCCGGUGUGUGCAUGUGUGUGCGUGUUUGUACAUGUUUUGUUUCCUUCUUUCCUUUUUUUUAAUAUAUAUAUAGAAUUCAGCUGUGUGCGUUAUACACUGCCAAGCAACAAGCUGGGGGGGGGGGGGGCGCUGCUCUUGUUAAUUGCGCAUCUCUUGUCAUUGGCACCCUUCCGUGUCCACUUGGAAAACAAGUUAGCUCAUGUGGUUUUGGACGUAUGGCCACUCUUUGGCCAGCCGAUAACUAACUGAGCAAUAGGUGAACUGGCUGUAUUUUUAGCUGACUGGGUUCAGACUAGAAAUUAGCAUUAGAUUUUCCAAUCUCAGUCAGAACCUGCACCAGUUCACAUUAAGUAUGAAUGAAGUAGCCUUGGGCUUUGUAUGUUAGCAAGCAGCUAGGUAGAUCAACCACCUUUACUCGUGUGUGAGAAUAGCUCUACCCCAAGAAUAUCCCGAGUUUAUCCUGACAGAUUAGGCCGCUUAAAUCUCUUUGAGUACAGGCACGUUUGUUUCCUUGCCCACUGUAGUACACAAGUGUAGAGGUGAUGACAGAUCUGAGGGCCGCGCCCCUAACCUGUACAAGCCCCCCGCCCCCUCACAGAACCCAAACCCCUCACCGAGCUAACAUAUAAGUGUGACCAACAACCAGAACAAAAGAUUACCAAAGACCUGAUGUCUGGGUUUGUGCCGAAGAUUGCCAUCAAAAACAAUUGAACGUUUACCCCCCCCCCCACCCAAAAAAUUCUACACUUUUAAAAAUCCCUAAUCUUGCUAUCUGCAAGUGCAGGAUUUUCUUUUGGACUGCAAGGCCAGUCAGUGAGUGUGGCAUUCUACCUUAUGCAAGUUAAACCAAAACUUAAGGACCGCAUGCAUCAACCCCCCCCCCCCCCGCCCCCCUCCCACCUUGUGCGUUCAAGUCGAAAACAAAAGCUUGUUUAAUCUGUAACCAGUUUUUAGGCACAGGAUCCUUUAACUAAUAAUAGCACAACCUCGUUUUUGUUGCCCAUUUCUGCCAACUUUCGUAGUGCAAAACAGUUAAUUAGCUACAAAUAUUGGUGAAAAAUCGGCAUUGUGUUGUAACAUGAACGUGUUUCGAGGGCUACAGGCACCUGUUUUGUUUUUCAAAGUCUUAAAGGGGACGGGAAAAAAAAGUGAAUUAGCCAACUAGAAAUCUGGAAAAGUGUAAUGAACAACGGGCCAACGGGCCUUCAGCCAUGCUGCCGAGGUGACCCGACACUACCGAUUGGGGUAGGACGCGCGUGUUUCUCCGGAAAAUCCAGCUGUUGUCUUGUGAUUACUCAACCAAUUUGAUCACAACGGGGAAAAGGAAGCGAGCGCUCUUUCACGUUGCAAACACGUGCGCCUAAGUUUUAACACCGUGGCACUUUGUGUUUGUCGUGGUCAUUCUUCCGGGAAGCACAUCUGUUCCGCAGUCUGCCAGAAUAUCGCCCGAUGCCGUCUUUGCCGAAUGUUCAGUUAUCUCAAAUUGAAGCUGCGCUCGGCUCAUUUGUGGGCGAUCCGAAACGAUUCCCGACAAUGAAGCCGUUACGCACUUUUGCCGCUUUGACUUCAAUUCCAGCUUGGAAUAAGCGUGGAACGAGUAUGCGCGCUCUAUUGUUAAACAAAGCGAAACCCCCGCCAAAUGGGUUGAGUGUAGCAUUAGGAGGGAACCUAUUGAUUGAGUUUCUGAAUGGUCACUGGAUGGCUUACAAUAUUUCACAAAAGAAAUUGUUUUUUUGUAUUCCCACAUUCAUUUAUUUAUGUAUGUAUUUAUUUAUUUAUUUUUGCAUUGAUUAAGGGGGGGAAAUCCCAAUGUCUCUGAAUUUUGGGUAAGCACUGAUGGGCAGAUGUAAAGAUGACUGAAAUCAACGCGGAGGAAAAGUAUUUGACUUUCAGUUGUCCGGAAAGCUUAAGACUUCAUUCUGCUGUUUACAUCAGAUUGCUGUUUGUAUCCAUUCAAUGCUGUAUAUUUUGUUGUUGUUGAAAAUGUAUUGAUUUUUGAGGAAAGAUUUGCAUUUCUGUGCGGGACUGAGGGGUCCCAUGACGCGUGACGGUCUGCAUUGCCCCUGUUUGUCUGGUCUUACUGGAGGGACCCAACUGGAGGAUCAUGGGCAAUGUGCUCAGUUUGAUUGCAUUCUUACUUUUUGUUGAGCUUUUAUUUAUUGGUAGAUUUGUUGUGCUGUCAUUGAAUAUGGGAUAAGACACUAAGCAAGGUUGGCUCAAUUUAAAGGAGAGGAAACUGAAUGGAAAACUAAAUUGUAUAAAAUAAUUGUAGUGUAAAUCUAUCAAUGUCUUAUUAUAUUGAUGAACAUCAUAAAAUAUAUGUAUAUUGGAAAACA